AUGGGAGACUCAAGCUGGAUGCGACUGAUCCCAGGGCAGCGUUGCCUGACUCCCGUUUCCCCCUGGCUUCACAACGGCCAAAUCGACAAUGAAGACGUCCCCCACGAAGCACCAAAUCUUAAGAUUACGCCACGACCCUUGGCCGGCUUCAACCAAUCCUCUGCCGACUUCACCAAGGAUAUUCUCGUCAGAGAAGCAGACAGGCUGCAGAAUACCCCGUCAGUCGACGAAAUGGCAGACGUGCUGCGAACCAUCAUCAUGUUAUCCCCAACCCCGCCAAUCUUAGAUCCGCAGUAUACGUCGUAUGUGCUCCAUCUCAUCGAAGGCUACAGCAAGCUGCGAAGCAAGCUAUCAGCAAAAGAAAAGGAGGUUUCCCAGCUGAAAGCAAAGCAGCAAGAAGAUGGAGAGGACAGCAAGAUGCUGUUUGCAGACUGGUCGGCCCAAGAAGCGCGAUACAGAGCCGAGAUCAAGCGAUUGGAACUAAUUAUCCAACAAGUGUCUGGAAAUGGUGUCGAGGCUGUUGCGCUGGCCCGAUCUGGUAGCCUCAUCAGAAAAGGCGGAUCAGGCAGAGCACAUGCAACGGAGGCAGCGACCCCUGAGCAAGUGCCUGCAGAAGAGGAAUUCUGCCAGGAUGAAUGUAAAAGUGCUUCUCCUUGCAAGGGCUCAGAUAUCCAGGGCAGACGAACAUCCAUGUCUAGUGAUGCGCUUGAUAUCACAGUCCGCCUCAAUGCUAAAAACCAGCUUUGGAGACAUCGUUCCGAGAACAAUCUUCGAGAGCCAAGU